CUUACUGAAAUCGUUUCAGCGGCAUGAUUUCCACACUGCGAUUUGUUCGACAGCUCUCCACGUCGCCGCGAAUUCUUCGAGCACUAACAGCUGAGCAGAUUUUCGCUCGAGAAGACAAAUUUGGCUGCCAUAACUACCAUCCACUUCCAGUUGCUUUAUCCAGAGGAGAAGGAGUAUUCGUCUGGGAUGUUGCUGGCAAGCGAUAUUACGACUUCCUCGCAUCAUAUUCUGCUGUUAAUCAAGGACAUUGCCAUCCACGAAUUCUCGAGGCUGCUAUUAAACAAAUGAGGCAACUUUCACUAACGUCACGAGCAUUCUUCAACGAUGUCCUUGGAGAAUAUGAAGAAUUCCUUACAAAAAAGUUCAAAUAUGAUAAAGUUCUGCCUAUGAAUACGGGUGUGGAGGCCUGCGAAUCAGCGGUGAAGCUUGCUCGUCGUUGGGCUUACGACAAAAAGAAGGUUCCUGAAAAUAAAGCUAAGAUGGUUUUUGCUGAAAAUAACUUUUGGGGACGGUCAAUCGCUGCUGUGUCAGCAUCAACAGAUCCAGAAUCGUAUGGAGGUUUUGGACCAUUUGUACCGCUUUUUGAGAAAGUUCCUUACAAUGAUCUCGGGGCUGUCGAAAAAGCUAUUUCUGAUCCCAACACGGCGGGUUUCAUGAUAGAGCCAAUUCAAGGUGAAGCCGGUGUAGUUUUGCCAGAUGACGGGUAUCUGAAGGGAGUUGCUGAGCUGUGCAAAAAGUAUAAUGUUCUAUUCAUCACCGACGAGGUACAAUCAGGACUUGGUAGAACUGGAUAUUUGCUUGCUCACUAUUACGAGAAAGUUCGACCUGAUAUCGUUAUCCUAGGUAAAGCUCUCUCUGGUGGAGUAUACCCGGUCUCCGCUGUUCUUUGCGAUGAUGAUAUCAUGAUGAACAUCAAACCUGGCCAGCAUGGAUCUACCUACGGUGGAAAUCCAGUGGCGUGUCGUGCUGCCAUUGAAGCAUUAAAGGUGAUUGAAGACGAAGGACUUGUCGAAAAUUCAGCUAAAAUGGGUAAAUUGCUUAUGAACAAGCUAAGAACCCUUCCGAAAGAAGUUGUGCCAGUAGUUCGUGGUCGUGGACUCUUCUGUGCUGUUGUGAUUAACAAAAAAUUUGAUGCCUGGAACGUAUGCAACCGACUGCUGAAGAAUGGGCUCCUCUCCAAGAACACCCAUGGCGACAUCAUUCGAUUCACACCACCUCUAUGUAUCAAUAAAGAUCAGAUAGAGGAGUCUUCCGACAUCAUAAUCAACACUAUCAAACAGGUCGCAUCGGAACAUUAGGAACAAUGAUAGAAGCAGUAUAGUGCCUUGAGUGAAUUUCUAUAUUUGCUGACAUUCACUUACCCUGCUUUACGAAGCGUACACGUUUCUUAUAACGUAAUCGGUUUCACGAUUCGCAGUUCAUGAGAUUUCUAUGUCUUUGCAUAAAACAAUUUGGUAUGGCAUUUCACACAAACAAAUGGCC